AACAUGAGAAGCCACAGCACUGUAAUGUCUAUCAGUCAGUGUUGUAUCACUGAUCAAGGUUAAAGAGGAAAAAAUAAGGCGGACAGGAUCAAGUCAAACGUUGUCCUGUUCUGUUCCUGGUCUUGCUGGUGUUGGCUGGAGGAGCAGUGUCCCGCAGGCUGAUGGGAGGCUGUGAGGAUGCUGCAGGUCACUGUUUACUGUUUGUGCUGCAGAGUCGAUCAUCCUACGGACUAACGAGCCUCCAAACACGGUGUUGAAGCUGAAAGGUCCGGUAUCCUCGCCUGGAGCUCACACAGACAGGCGGCUGCUCGUGUUGCUCCUCCUCGACAUACUGUUUGAUUCAAGAGUGUAAAGGAACUUCAACCGGAAACCAAACUUUUUUCUUCGAACUUUUUCUCUGAGGCAGAAAAAGGAAAACGAGGCGAUCCUUGGUGUCAUAAACUACGCAGUUCCUUAUUCUCUUCAUUUACGUGUGCUGCUGGAACCAAAGCGUUUCUGGCCAGAAUACAGGCGACGUCGAGUGAUUUGAGGCGAGUCAACAGCCACAUAACGGAUCCUGGUCCUUUAUCAUGGAAGAUGGUGUGAAAGAGGACUCAGCCCAAAAGAAAGAGCCAAAGUUCCUGGGUAAGGCUGGCUGGCUAAAGAAGGCCCCGGGUAGGCUGCUGGCUAGCUAUAAAGAUCGAUACAUCCAUGUGGAGAAGACCGAGGUUGUGGUGUAUGAAACUGAGGACCUGCAGAACUCCUUGGAGAGGCUUGACCUGGAAAACUAUGAUAGAUGUCAUGAAUUAAAGAGCCCUUUCAAGAAAAAACACAGACUGAUACUGUUGCGCUCGCCAAAGUCUGGAAAUAAGGUCCAUGAUGUGAAGUUCCAGGCUCAGACUGCAGAGGAGAAGGAGGCUUGGAUUAAAGCCCUAAAUGAUGGAAUAAAUCGAGCAAAGAACAAGGUCUUUGAUGAGGUGAAGGUUGAUGAAAGCAAUAAUUUAGAGCAUGUCACUCGAACAAGGCCCAAAGGAAAUCGUAACCGACGGCCACCGACCAGGAUACACAUGAAAGAGGUCGCCGUAGUGUCAUCUGAAGGUAUCCUGCGUUUGGAUCUUGAUCUAGAAGGUGCAGUCAUGCCGAAUGGGAACCAUUAUGCCAAUGUUGAUGGCACUGAGUCUCUUAAAGAGACAGUCUCAGUGCCUGAGUCCAACACCAGCAAAGCUGCAGAGAAACCGUUAGUGACGAGUGCUGAGGAGGAGGUUCAAGGGAAGGUCAGUCCCCAGAAAAAGGUCAUCAAACCUCCCAUGCCACCUUCCAAAGAGGCUAAAUUCAGUUCAGCCUCUGAGGAUGAACCUGAUAAGGAUGAUAAUCCAGAGACAAAGGUCCUGAAGCCACCAGUGCCUCCGUCAAAAGAAGCCAAACCAUGUGCUUCACCUGUUGAAGAAGUUACAGAGCAGGCAAAACCUGAAAAUGUGCCUGAAAUAAGUUCUGAUGCCAGGAAAAAGACAGGUCCACCACCAAUGCCUCCUAACAAACCCUGUUCUAGCAGCUCCAUGAACAGUCUUGCAGAGGCCUCGCAGUCCAAGCCAAACUCACACCUUCCUACCCCUCCAUCAAAAGAGAGUAAGCCUUCACCUCCUGCUGUGGAGCCAGUCCAACAGGUGCUAGGCACAUCUGAUGAGAACACAGAAAAGAAAGAAAACAGUAAGAAUGAAAUGAUAAAUGAAGAAAAAGAUGAGGUAGAAGAGUCAAUUCCGAAUGAAGCUCUAACUCAUGUCAGUGGUGAUAAACGAGAUGAAAGUCCUACAACAGAGGAAACGGUUUCUGAAGAAGAAUCAGGCGAGACUAUCAGCAGUGGCAUAAAUAGGGCAUCUGGCGAUGACACACAAGUUCCCACAGAGCCAUUGAGAAGAAGCCCUAGUCCUCUUCUAAUCCCCCAGAAAAGCUUGACAAACUUGCUCAGCCUGAAACACCACACAUAGAGAAUGGCUCAGUUAUAACUCUGCCUACUGAGGGACGUGACUCUAUUGCCUCAGAUAACUCAAUCAGUUCUCAUCAAGCAGAAGGCGAGCUGCCAAAGUAUGAAGGCCCCUCAGUAGUUGUCUCUCUGAAUGACACACCCAAUGACAGCC